AUGAAAAUUUGGGACGAAAUUUCUGAAACAAAUGAAGGUGGUGAAGUCGUAUCGCCAGUUGGUAUGUGGUUAGACUCCAUUAAUCAUGUAUUUGAACAAAUGAAAGCCGAUAAUUUCCCAUUUGACAAAGUUGUAGGAAUCUCCGGUUCUUGCGUUGUUGUACCAAGGCAAAAGACCAGGGUUCUUCGAAGCAGUAAUAACUUUGUUAUAAACUCUGAAGGUGAAUUAUCCACACAAUUGAAAAACGCCUUUUCUUGGGACAAGUCACCAAACUGGCAAGAUCAUUCUACUAAUCCAGAGGGUAAAGCUUUCGUUGAAGCUAUUGGACGUGAAGAAUUAGCGGAAAUUACUGGUUCAAGAGAUCAUUUAAGAUUUACUGGUUUACAAAUCAGAAAAUUCUCCACUAGAUCCCAUGUUGACAAAUACGCACAAACUUCUAGAAUCUCCUUAGUUUCUUCCUUCGUUACCAGUGUUUUAUUAGGUGAAAUCGAUGGAUUAGAAGAAUCUGAUGCUUGUGGUAUGAACCUUUACGAUUUAAAGAAGGGUGAAUUUAACGAAGAGUUAUUAGCUUUAGCUGCUGGUGUCCAUCCUAAAGUUGAUAACAUCUCCAAAGAUGAUCCUAAAUACAAGGCUGCUCUUGAUGAUAUUAAAGCAAAAUUAGGAGAAAUAAAACCAAUCACAUACAAUGCUUCAGGUAAGAUUUCUAGCUAUUUCACUGAAAGGUACGGAUUCAGCGCCGACUGUAAAAUUUAUUCAUUCACCGGUGAUAAUUUAGCCACCAUCUUAUCCUUACCAUUACAACCAAAUGAUUGUUUAUUAUCUUUAGGUACUUCCACAACCGUUUUACUUAUAACCAACAACUACGAACCAUCAUCCCAAUACCAUUUAUUCAAACAUCCAACAAUGCCAAACCAUUACAUGGGUAUGAUUUGUUACUGUAACGGUUCCUUAGCCAGAGAAAGAGUCAGAGAUGAAAUUAAUGAAAAAUACAAUAUCGAAGACAAGAAGUCUUGGGAUAAAUUCAAUGAAAUAUUGGAAAAAUCUGGUAAAUUUGAUAACAAAUUAGGUAUCUUUUUCCCAUUAGGUGAAAUUGUCCCGCAUGCUCCAGCACAAACCGUAAGGGCUGUCUUGGAAGACAACAUUUGUAGACUACGUGCUGGUCCAAUGUUGAGUAAAUCUAGUGACUCUGCUACUACUUCUCCAGAACCAGAAACUGUUAAUUUAAAGAAAGUUUACUCCGAUUUGACUAAUAAAUACGGUGAAUUAUAUACUGAUGGUAAGCUACAAACUUUCCAAUCUUUAACCGCCAGACCAAACAGAUGUUAUUACGUUGGUGGUACUUCCAAUAACUUGAGUAUUAUUUCCAAGAUGGGUUCUAUUUUAGGUCCAGUCAAUGGUAAUUACAAAGUUGAAAUUCCAAAUGCUUGUGCCUUGGGUGGUGCUUAUAAGGCAAGUUGGAGUUAUUUAUGUGAAGAAAAAGGGGAAUGGAUUAAUUAUGACAAAUAUAUCAACCAAUUAUUCGAACUUAAUAAUGAGUUAGAUACUUUUGAAGUUGAAGAUAAAUGGGUUGAAUACUUUGACGGAGUUGGUUUAUUAGCAAAGAUGGAAGAAAAUUUGUUAAAACAUUAG